UGAAAUGAAACCUGACGGCUCCGUUAGAGGGUCUCAAGAAGAGAAGCGCAACUGUGUGCUGAACCUGCGUUCAGUGAAAGCCGGGGAGACGGUCAUCCAGAGUGCGGCUACAUCUCUCUUCCUCUGCGUGGAUGAUAAAGACGACUUGAAAGGACAGCCGCACUACACUGAAGGAGACUGCACCUUUCAGGAAUUGCUGCUGCCAGAUGGAUAUUCUUAUUUCCUUUCUCCACACACUAGGAAUCCCGUGUCGCUCCCUUCAAAGCAGUCUGGGCAGACACACGGUGCCCCACUUUCUCGGUUCCUCCCUGUUAUGAAUACUCAGUUGGCAAUGGCAGGGAAAGGAGAGGACAGCCAGAUACAGGAGGUGAAACAGUAUAUUCAGGACAUAAACCUGGACUCUGACGACCCACUAGGAAUAGGACAUCAGUCACACAUUCAGACUGUCUUCAGUCCCAGUCUGCAUAGUAGGAAAUGAGGACUGGAGAACAUCAGUUAUGGAGGCAUGCUUUACAUUAUCACUGGACUGCGAUGUUUAAAA